AUGCCCUGUGCCUGUUUGGGUGCCAUAUUGGUUAUCUUGAUGAAGCCUUGGAUAUCUGUUUGGGGUUGUCUUGAUUAUCUUAUUUGUGAAGCCUUGAGUGCUAGUUUGGAGGCUAUCUUGGUUGCCCGAAAUAGUAUAAAAAAGGCUACUGGUGGCACA